AUGAACGCCCUCCGAUCCGCAGGAAACUACAUCACCAACAAGGCCAAGGGUGCCGGCGACACGGCGAGCAAAGAGACCAACAAGUCGAUUGCCAAAGACCACAAUGUGCGAACCUCCACGCGUCUACGCGCCGCCGGCGAUGCCGUCAAGGACAAAGUGAAUGAGACGAGCCACAAUCGCCAGGCCGACGUGAACAAGCAGGGCGCGAAGCACAACUACUAG